CAUCAGCAGCAGGUUGAGACCCACACGGAGAAGGAAAGAGGGAGAAAGGAGAGAAAAAGAGGAAUAACACUCCUCCAAUACGCCCACUGAAGGAACUUUCCAAAACCUCCUACAAGACAGUGGAACGAUGCUGCCAGGUGCCAGGCCCUUGCUGUUAUGCAUGUUGUGCCACGUGACGGCCACCUGGGCUUUUGCGCGCUUGUCCGACGCGGCGCAGCUGCGGUCUGCCUUCUCUGUCGCCCGCACCAGCAGCAUGGAAGGUGGGCCCAAGAUGGUAGUCACUUUCGACAAGACGUACGUGAACAUCGGCGGCGACUUUGAGCCGAAAACAGGCCUGUUCCGCUGCCGGAUCCCCGGGGCCUACUACUUCUCCUUUACAGUGGGCAAGUUCCCGCGCCGGGACCUGUCUGUGAUGCUGAUGAAGAACCGCAAUGAGGUGCAGGCCAUCGUGUACGACGAGAAUGGUGGCGAGGAACGCAAGGUCCAGAGCCAGAGUGCUAUGCUUCAGCUCGACUUUGGGGACACCGUUUGGCUCCGUCUCCACGGUGACCCUCGUUACGCCAUCUACAGCAACACAGGCCACUACACUACCUUUAACGGGUACCUGAUCUACCCAGACGUCUACGGCUUCCAGGAGCCCGCCCGGAAAGAGCAGGUCCCGGUAACUUCUGACCAGACACCAGAGCAGGUAGACGACAAAGAAGUCAAAGAAGAAAGGAGAGACAUUGAAGAGGACGAUGACCAGAGGUCUGCUUUCUCAGUAGGUCGCACUCAGAGCAUUGUGGGGGUCGACAAAGGUUACCCAGAGCACAAGCCCAUAAUAUUUGACACCGAAUUCGUCAACAUAGGAUAUGACUUUAACAUGAGUUCGGGUGUGUUCAUGUGUCGUGUGCCUGGAGCCUACUACUUUUCAUUCAACGCUGGUAAGCUGCCCCACAAGACCCUUUCAGUGAAGCUCAUGAAGAACCAUCUGGAAGUGCAGGCCAUGAUCUAUGAUGAUAGUGACACAGAGAAGGCCUUGCAGAGUCAGAGCCUGAUGCUGUCGCUGAGGAAAGGAGACACGGUGUGGCUCUACAGCCACCAAAGAGAUGGAUUUGGAGCCUACAGUAACCACGCCAAGUACAUCACCUUUACCGGAUUCCUUGUGUAUCCAGAGCUCCCGCACAACCUCCCUCAGCAGCAGAAGCAUGAUAAGGUGCUGUAGGUUGAACCGCGGCACUGGUCUACGUUUGUCCGUGUCUGCAGGCAGGGCUAAGGAAGGGAAAGCGUUUGGUUGGUUGUGGGUCAUAUCCAAGUAAACCCUUUCCCUUUGCUCGCUCUUGUGAACUCAUGCAGGGAGACCUGAGGUUGUGACCUUUUGGUCCUGUUCUGUGCUUUUCAGACUUUGCAUUCCUGCAAUUUCUCCAGCUCGGUCUCUCUUUUUGGGGGGUGAAGAAGAUAUACUGUAAGCACAAAAGCAUAAUGACAUAAAAUAUUACCAAAAAAGAACGACAUUUUGAGCAAAAGUGGUUACAUGUAGUCCUCAAUGAGACCUGUGCAUUAAAAGCCUCGUUUCCUUCUAUAAUCGGCAGGAAUAAAAACAUUGUGUUAGUAUUUCUAACAAAAUAGAAGACAUGUAGAGGUACGAGUUCAUGGAUCAAAUCUUCAGGCCUUGACUGUACCCAUUGUCCAUUUGUAGUUAAAAACAAAAUGUCAAAAAUGAUAAAAAAAAAAAUUAACAAAGUAGCAAAAAAAGUGCAGAGCACUUCAAGCAAGGCAGAGAUUCUAAUGUGUGCACAAAUCAAAAGUGGGAAAACUGCAUGCAACUUUAGUCCACUCCUUAAAGAUUUUGCUCUCAGUCCUUUCAUUUAUGUAUUUAUUUAUUUUGCACGAACAAUUUGCAUGUGUAUGCUAAUACUGUUGAUCUCUGGAGCACUGUUGUUUUCGGAGUUUUGCUAAGACUUUCUUUGCACUUACUAGGACACUGUGCCCAUUUUUGGGUGUCACAAAACUUUAAAAGGUUUAAAAAAAAAAUAAGAAAAUAGAUAUUUCUGGGACACCAGUUUUCUGUGGAAGUCUUUAUACAAAUGGCAUCCUUUAUUUGGCAAAGGAUCAAUUCAUUAGUCAUCCUCGUAUAAACAGAGGCAGUUUAUUUAAAAAAAUAAAUUCACAAGUUUGAAUUUACUUGUGCAUGCUGCAGUUAAAAAAAGUAAAAAAAAAACAUUACAUGCUACAUGUGCACAACUUGAUACUGUAAAAUACGUAAUUUGUCCGUUUUUUAUUCAUUUCUAAUGAAAGGAAUGUUCACGUUUUUAUUGUGACUGGUCAUUGUUAUUUGUAUUGUAAUGUAUGGUCAUGAACAGAAAUGUUUUGAGUAGGUUGCAAAUAAAAAUCACGGGCAAGCAUUUUUCUGUUUGUGCAGUCUGAGCUCUGGCUCCUGGAGAUUACGUACAGUGUUUGCAGUGUUUAGUGGACGCUUUUGUGACCUACACCAAAGCUCAAAGCAAAAUGAAUAAAAAAAACUGAAUGUAAACAGUC